GUUUCUGAGAAAAAAAGAAGAAGAAAGGAAAGGGAAAACAAAACAUCUUCCUCUGCACUACUUCAUCCUCAUCGGUUUUCUUUGUUGUGUUAGCUGAGACGAUUGAAUUGCUUUCGAAAAUGGGAGUUCCAGAGAAAGACCCUCUUGCCCAGUUGAGUCUACCACCUGGUUUUCGGUUCUACCCCACCGACGAGGAGCUUCUCGUUCAGUAUCUCUGCCGCAAGGUCGCCGGCCACCAUUUCUCUCUCCCAAUCAUUGCUGAAAUUGAUUUGUACAAGUUCGACCCAUGGGUUCUCCCAAGCAAGGCGAUUUUCGGGGAGAAAGAGUGGUACUUUUUCAGCCCUCGAGACAGGAAGUACCCAAACGGGUCUCGACCCAACAGAGUAGCCGGGUCGGGGUAUUGGAAAGCCACCGGAACCGACAAGAUCAUCACCACCGAGGGUAGAAAAGUUGGCAUAAAAAAAGCUCUGGUCUUUUACGUUGGCAAAGCUCCUAAAGGCACCAAAACAAAUUGGAUCAUGCACGAGUAUCGCCUCCUUGACUCUUCCCGAAAGACCACCGGAACCAAGCUGGACGAUUGGGUUCUGUGUCGUAUAUACAAGAAGAACUCGAGUGCACAGAAGGCGGCGCAGAACGGCGUCGUUUCGAGCAGGGAACACACUCAAUACAGCAACGGUUCGUCGUCGUCGUCUUCGUCCCAUCUGGACGACGUUCUGGAAUCGCUGCCGACGAUCGACGAACGAUGUUUCGCGAUGCCACGUGUCAGUACGAUGCAGGCACAGCAGGAGGAGAAGGUGAGCGUUCAUCAGAACCUGGGUGGGUUGGUGGAUUGGGCCAACCCUGCGGUUCUGAAUUCGGUGGGUGAUUUCGUUUCGGGGAAUAAUCAAGUGGUGCAGGAGCACACACAGGGGAUGGUGAACUACGGCGGGUGCAAUGACCUUUAUGUCCCCACCUUCUGCCACGUGGAGUCUACGCUUCCGCAAAAGAUGGAGGAAGAGGUGCAAAGCGGCGUGAGAAGCCAAAACAACAAUAACCCGUGGUUUCUUCAGAACGAUUUUACGCAGGGGUAUCAGAACCCGGUGGACACGUGUGGGUUUAAGUUCCCGGUUCAGCCGGUGGGAUUCGGGUUCAGGCAAUGAAGUUCAGCGGGUUAUGAAAAAAGAAAUAAUGUUUAUUUUGUGUAAAUAGGUGGGAUUGUUUGGGCUAACUCGUUGGGUUUUAGGUUCCUUUUUAGAAAAGGUGAAAAUUUUGGUCUUCAUUUUCGGCUAAAGAAUGAAUCGAUCCACGAGAUAAAGCAAUGAUGGAAUGGAAGCAUUUAAUUUAUUAGAAGGUAGUUUUCGGCCACACAAAGCUUACUCACCCACAUGAAUCACAUUUUGUACUUAAAAAUCAACUUCAAAUUGUUCCUGUUAGGUUUCGUUAA